UUCCAACAAAACCAUUUGGAACACGAAUAGAGAAAGACGUGUGCGUGUGGAGACCAGCUGAAUUAGGAUAAACCAAAGAUGUCUGUAGUGCCUCUAAUGUUCCGCGACUGGUGGGAUGAACUCGAUUUCCCAAUGCGCACAUCACGCCUCUUGGAUCAGCACUUUGGCCAGGGAUUGCGGCGAGAUGAUCUGAUGUCCUCCGUUUGGAAUUCUCGUCCCACUGUUCUGCGAUCCGGCUACCUGCGACCCUGGCAAAAGAACAGCCUUCAAAAGCAGGAAUCUGGCUCCACCUUGAACAUUGACAGUGAGAAAUUCGAGGUUAUCCUAGAUGUGCAGCAAUUCUCACCAAACGAGAUCACCGUCAAGGUCGCUGACAAAUGUGUGAUUGUCGAAGGCAAACACGAGGAAAAACAGGACGAGCAUGGCUUUGUGUCGCGUCAGUUUUCGCGGCGCUAUCAGUUGCCCAGCGACGUCAACCCAGACACUGUCACAUCUUCCUUGUCCUCGGAUGGUCUUCUGACCAUAACCGCGCCGAUGAAGCAACUGCCGCCUCCAUCGACUGAACGCCUAGUGCAAAUCACACAGACUGGUCCCUCUUCCAAGGAGGACAAUGCCAAGAAAGUGGAGACAUCCACAGCCUAAGCCCUACUCAAUAUAGAAACUUAUUAUUUUUAUACUCACAAGUAAAACUAGUUAACUAUAUAAAUUAAAUAUACUUUACAACAUUUAUUACA